AUGGAUCCUCAAUCGUACCCCAAUAGCGACCACGCGACACUCUCGGCGUCACAGUAUCUUCAGGACCGACUACAUGACCGCCGAGCACGAAACAUGCGGCCGAAACGCGCGCGCCAGACUGACUUCGGACCACGACGCGGACUGGACGACGACAUCUUCGUCCAUGAAGCCGAGGAGAGUCAGUGUGCUGGUGCACGCCGGUACGACAGCUCGCCGAUGACAGGCGUGGCGCGACAAAUGUCUGCAGCUGCGACCAGAGGUAACAGCGGCAGAGCUUCACUGAGUGUGAGGGAUGUGGAUGAGCAGAUGGACAGGUUGAGUAAGCAGAACUUUGCACUGAAGCUGGAGCUGGACCACCGGAGAGACUUGACUGCAAAGCUUCAGUCGCAGAUAGAGGCUAUGCAGGCGAGGAUCGAGCGGGUAGAAGUCUUGGAGGAGGAGCACACAGAACUCCUACGCAUCAACACACAGUUAGUGGAGGAGCUGGAGAGGAGGGACAAGGCUGUCGAAGAGGCGGUGGAUACUAUCUGCGACUUGGAGGAGAAGGUGGCCGAUAUGGAGGAGCGCCACAGCCACACCACUAGGCCAUCGACUGCUAAAACCGAUUCCGGCUAUGCUGGAACCGAGACGCAUGAGCAAGCGCCACCAUCCUCACCACCAGAGAUCAAGCUGGCCAAGCCACCUACAGUAGCAGUCCAUGCCCCAUCGCCAGCAACAGCGGCAGCAUCGCAGAAGCUUCAGAGUAUGAUCCAAGCGACGCCAGCCAAAGCACGACGCGAACCGUCAUUCAUGAGUCUGAAGAAGCCGAGUACCCAUGCACUUAGAAGUGUGUACAUGGAGACAUCGCACAAUCUACUCCCAGUCAAGAGCUUCAACUCACUGCUCUCUAGGCGGGACGGUAGAACUGAAGACGGGAAUCUGGAUGACAUUUUGAAUUCGCCGCGGCUUAGCGUUUUGAGUGAAAGCAGCUUCCCGUCUCUUUACAGUCCGAAGAAGCAGAUUAGUCCGGAGAAAUAUGCUUGGGAGGCUGUCGAGGAUGAGUCGCUGGAGGAUAACUUUAGCUAUCCAAGGCAAGACAGCAUUAAGCGUGUAAGCCAGUGGAUGGAGGAGCAUGAUGUGUUGGAGGACACGCCUUCGAAGUCGAAUCGCAUCUCUUCGCCAAUGUCAGCUCAUACAGAUCGUACUGCUACGCCCUCGGCUGGACAGCCGAUUGUGGCCAACGAGCCAUCCUAUCAGUCACUCACAGACGUGCUCAGUCCAACUUCGACGGCACAACGUAUACCUAACGAGCACUUCCAAUCUGCCUCGAGACUACAGUCACGCCAGCUGCAUCGUACGAAGCGGCAAGCAAAUGGCACCAUCUACAGCGAUCCACUUUUACCACCAACACCAGAUAGUGUCAGUACGCACAUGCUUCGCGCAUCCCGCUCAAGUAUAACCGGUGAUCAAAGUCUACUGGACACCACCCCCGGCGCGGUCAAAGGCUUCGCCCCUCUCGAGCCAGGUGUGAGGACAGCUCCGAAGCAGUUCCGUUCUUCGAUCGAGCUAAACGGUGCAUAUCUGGACUAUCAACAAUAUCGCAAGGGAAGGCACUUACACCAAGCGAGUCCCUCGAGCUCGGAUGAUGAAGAAGAUGGCGUAGAUGCUCGUUCGCAGACCGUCAAAGAUCUGAGUCUGGACUAUGAUGCCUUCCCUGACGGCAACUCGAUCAUCAUGGGUACACCUAGUAGGUUCCUCAAACAUGGACGACCAGCCGAAGCGCCAACACUCUUCGAUCCAAACACCGUCUCACCUACCCAAGAAAGGAAACCAUCAGCGCCAAAACGCCGCCAAUCAAGCACAGAGACUGGUUUGAAUCCACCCAAACCAAGUAUGACCCGUGCAGAAACCAGCCCAACAUUCCUCGGCACCUUGGGAAGAAUCAUGACAAACACUUCCCGCUCCACCAUCGACUCCGUCACCUCCCCGCGCUCCCUGACGUCCGGCUCCGGCUCCUCAGGAAACCGCACCAUCGUCCAAAACGACCGCGACACCACCUUCCGCCCCGAAUCCUGCAGCACCUCCCGAACUUCCUCCUCUCCAGCCCGCCGUCUAAGUCAAAGAACACAGAAACUCUUCCGUCGCAUGUCUAAUAGCCAUGCCCCCGAGAUCAGCAAUAGACCCGAGCCGCAAUCGCCCACGGAGAAAUCACCGUUACCUACAUUGACGUCAACGCCUAGUUCGGCAUAUGUUAAUACCGGACCGAGGAGGCCUAUUACGAGUGAGAUGAGGGCGGGGAGUAGUACUAGUGCUGUGUAUCGAGCUUGCGCUCCUGGUGGUGGUGCUGGUGGGGAGGGGAAGAGGAGACCGUCAUUGCAGGCGAGGACGUGGACGGAACCUGCUACUAGUAGUGCGGGCCGCCCGGGCUCUGCUGCUGCUGCAUCGGGCAGUGGUGGUGGUGGGAGUGGUUUUGCGGAGCAGGGGAUUCGGAGUCCUUUUAGACGGACGAAUAGUGUGCAGAAAGGUGGUGAGUCUCGUUCCAUAGUCAACGCGAGUGGGGUUCAGAAUGUGGAGGUACAGGACGUGCGUGCUGGGAAAGGAGGACUGAGCAGGCGUCGAGGCAGUAUCAGGGAGGCAGUUGCUGGUGAGCGGAGACCUUGGCGGUGA